GUGAGAUCCUGAUCUUCUGCAGCACAUCAACUCAGGAGGAAUCCAAGCAAAACAAAUCAGGAGUUUCUUCUUCUUCUUGUUCAAGGCUUUACGUCUACUUCUAAGUCAAGAUGAAAGUGGUUGGAUCUACCUGUGCGCUUAGCAAGGUGGGCGGCGAGGACAUGGUGCGCUGCCUGUCUGACCAGAGCCUGACCAUCACCAAGUGCAAAAUUCCACUGCUGGACGAGCACAUGAGCGUCUUCCUGCAGGACAUGAACAGCUGCUACAGCAAGCUCAAGGAGCUGGUGCCUACACUGCCCACCAACAAGAAGGCCAGCAAGGUGGAGAUCCUGCAGCACGUCAUCGACUACAUCUGGGACCUUCAGGUGGAGCUGGACUCGCCGUGCAUGGGCCUCCAGCAGCAGGGCACGGCGGGUGCACGGACACCCCUCACCGCCCUUAACGCUGAGCUCAGCAGCAUCUCGGUGGAGAAUGGCUGCUCGGAGGACAGAAUCCUGUGCCGCUGAACGCUACACUGGAGCUCAGUACUCAUCAAUACUGCUGUCAUGCUUGCAGUUUCCCACCCAGAGAUGCACACAAGAUGCAACCGACUGCCAGCCAGAUUGUGGACUGUUUCUUGUUUCCGCCAGUUCGGCCAAGUCUGCGAGUAGAACUCCUUGGAGUGUGUGCAUGGUUCCACCAGGCGACCUCGGAGUCGUAGUAUUGUUUUGUUUUUAGAUACCAUCGAAAAGACUGUCUGUGAUUUUGAACACGCUUCGAGCAUUCCUUUUCCAUUUUGUAUUUUUGUAUGAUAUAGAGACGCAUAUAUUUUGUAUAAACGAAAGAACUUCUCAGAUUUCUGAGCUAUAUUUGUAUUGUAUAUUACAAUGCCCUUAUGUCAUCGCUGAUGUAUUAUUACUGUGUACUAUCGAAAUUGUGUUUUAUGAAU